GUAUUCUAAAACUGUCAACCUCAACCUUGACAGUUUCAGAGCAAGUGGUGAAAUGUCAGGAUAAAAAUUAUAAAAAAUAUUAUGAUAAUAAGUUUUGGCUCUAAUUUAUUUGUAUAUUUUAUAAAAAGUUUUGUACUGCGAUAAUCUUACAUAAGAAUGCACGGAAGGGGCCUUAUUUUUUGGAUAGUUUUUAACAUUUACCUCAAAUAUGUAUCAUCAAUUGAAUACAGUAUUCCCCAACCUUCAGAUACGGCCAGGACUAGCAAUGAAAAUUAUAGAAGUAGUUAUUAUUCGGGAAGUGCCUCUUCAAUUUUCGAAGGAAAUUUUGAUACCUGCAAUGAGGAAGAUUUUGCAUGCUUAGCGAUGGCUCAAAAGGACAGACUAGGACUUGAAGCUAUAAAACAAUUGCACAAGCAAUUGGACGACGAUAAAGAUGGUACGAUAGAUCUAUCAGAAUCUGAUGAUUUUUUGAAAGAAGAACUGAAGUACAACUCGGGAGCGGAGAAGAGGCAGAAAAAUUUUCACCGAAACGACGACUACCACAUUUCUGUCAAAGAACUAUGGGAAGCGUGGCUGAAAUCGGAAGUCCACAAUUGGACUGUGGAGCAAACUACGGAUUGGUUGACGACUUGUGUGGAGUUACCGCAAUACGUCCCCAAAUUCAUCGAACAUAGAGUUACUGGUGCUAAUUUACCAAGAUUAGCCGUCAAUAAUGCGGCUUACUUAACCGUCCUAGGCAUUAAAGACCCCAUACACAAACAAAAAAUUGCCCUGAAGGCUAUGGAUGUUGUCCUUUUCGGACCACCAAAAGAUGUACCCCAUUGGAAGGAUCUAACCCUAAUCUUUUUGACCAUCGCCGGCGGUCUCGGAGCUUGGUACUACUACCAGCAAAACAAGAAGUUCAAGAUCCACUUGAAUCGAAUGACAAAGGAUAUGGACAGCCUCCAAAACGCCGAAAAAGCUUUGGAGAAUCUCCAGAAGGAAUUGGAGGAGGCCAAGCAGGCUCAAGAAUCUGUGAUAACCGAAAAACAGGACUUAGAAAAGAAACUACAAGAUUCCAGAAGUGAACUUAAUUCGUUGCCUAGUUCCUAUUCGGAUUUGGAAGUUACUCAGUUGAAAGCGGAAAUAGAGAUGCUAAGGACUGAAUUGCAACUGGCUGAGGGCGAACUGAAAGACAGGUGCUGGGCGCCACCAGUAGCACUCCAGCAGUGGCUGCAAUUAACGCACGAAAUUGAAAAUAAGUCAUAUCUUAAGAAGAAGAUCCAAGCCGAGAAGCAGUUACAACAAGCACGAGAAGCUUGCGAAAAACUGCGGAAGAAAAGAUCGAGCCUGGUAGGAGCAUUCGUUUCCACGCACGGCAAAUCUAUAGACGAGGUGGACAGGAGCAUAGUCGAAGCUAGAACGGCACUGAACGAAGUAACUCAAGAAUUACAAGAACGAGUUCAUCGAUGGAAACAAAUAGAAAUGUUGUGCAGUUUCAAUAUUAUGAAUAACAACGGUUUUAGUUUCUUAGAAAAUGCUCUUUAUAGGAAUGCCAACGGUCGUGGAAUAGGAUUAAGGGGACGCAUGAGCAGUACGGACGACUUGGACGACGACACGGGGUCUGUCUAUAGCGCCUUCCCAGGGUAUUAUGGUAAAGACGGGGAUUCCUCCAGUAGCGAGACCAGUAAGCAGGAAGACGAAAGCGGUACCAGUGACGCGAAAAUCGGAAGCAAAAACAACAUCCACUUUUCGGUUGGCGAUGAAGGGUUUGAUGAAAUUCCUUCACCACCUAGACAUGUGAAUAAGUUAACCUCGUACCCUAAGAGCAUCAGCCACAGCCAACUCAACGUGACCACCGCGAAUGCCCCCAGCAAAGCGAUGACGAGAUCGGUAUCUUCGGAAAUAGGAUCACCAGUUUACGAAACCAAAUCCAAAUCAAUGUCAGAGCCCAGUUUAGAAUCCGCCAAAGUGAAGUCUUCCAUCCGGCAGAUGACGAUCAAAGAACAACCGGCGUCAUCUGUGGAAGAGGACAUCUGUUCGACCGAUUCGUCCAUCUUAGAUGAUGAUAUUAAAAAAAAGAAACGCAAAUUGAACUUCUUCUCCAAAAAAAGUAAGAACAAAGCGGACUGAUGAGAACCCCUUUCCGAUUUAGUGAAAUUUGUUAUCUAAUUUUAAGUCCAGUUGUCCGAGUAAUACAUACACCUUGAUCUGUUUAUUUUUAUAAUAGAACUAUGCAGUUU